CCCUCAAAGAGCCGCCAUUCUUUGAUGAUUGGGCAGCGGCAAACUUCAAAGUCAUAAAUCUCCUUUCUGACUGGCUGGCGGCGCACCAAAGUGCUUAUCAAACCCUGUGAAGUGAUGCGCCACCCCGUCAGAUAGUGCCAGGAGAUCUGCGAGUGAGGAGGCUUCGCCCGGGCUGCGUCAAAAAAAAAGCACUUUUUAUGCGUCGACGCCGCCAUUGCUGGCGUUUUUACGAAUUAUAAGCGACUUUUUUUUUUUUUUUUGGGUGGGGGGGUGUGGAGCGUGUUUAUCCGUGUUUGCUGGUCGCCGCGGCGGAGGAGCACGAUGGCGGCCGUGGCUGUGCUGCGGAACGAGACGCUCCACGCUUUCCUGCAGGACCGCACUCCCAACUCUUCCCCGGAAAACUGCAAGCACUCCCCGCUGGCUCUCCUGGCCGCCACCUGUAACCGAAUCGGGCACCACCACCACCACCACCACCACCAGUCCAGCCCCUCCGACUUCCUCCCGGUUUCUUACGACCCCGCCACCCUGGGCUCGCCGUCGCGGUUGUUCCACCCGUGGACUAACGAGGCAAGCGCUCCGAGCAACGCAACUUUCGGACUAAGUUCCAAGCCGCAGUCGCUGGGGUCCUUCGCGGCCCCGCACGACCUGCCCCUCACCCCGCCCGCCGACCCCGGCUACCCGUACGACUUCUCCCCGGUGAAGAUGCUCCCGUGCUCCAUGCAGUCCCCGUGUCCUCCCACCUACGUGCCCGCCGUCAGCUACGCGGCGCCCGCGGCCAUGCCGCCCGCCAUGCCCACUUUUGUCGCGGGCCAGAGACAGUUGUCCCCCAACCCGGCGGAGGACAUCCCGUGGUGGAGCCUCCAGCAGGGCAACCACCGCUUCCAGCUGCAGCGAGGCCUGGUGCUGCACGGCCACACGGCGGACUUCGCCCAGUACCAGACGCAAAUCGCCGCCCUCUUGCACACCAAGUCCCCCCUGGCCACCGCGCGUCGCUGCCGCCGGUGCCGCUGCCCCAACUGCCAGUCGGCCUCCUCCGGCGCCGAGGAGCCGGGCAAGAAGAAGCAGCACGUCUGCCACAUCCCGGGCUGCGGGAAGGUCUACGGCAAGACGUCGCACCUGAAGGCGCACCUGCGCUGGCACUCCGGGGAGCGGCCCUUCGUCUGCAACUGGCUCUUCUGCGGCAAGAGCUUCACCCGCUCGGACGAGCUCCAGAGACACCUGAGGACUCACACCGGGGAGAAGCGCUUCGUGUGCCCGGACUGCUGCAAGAGAUUCAUGCGCAGCGACCACCUGGCCAAGCACGUCAAGACGCACCAGAACAAGAGGAGCAAGUGCUUGGACAAGACGCUGGAACACGUCAAGAGGGAGGACUCCAGGAAUCACGUCAUGUGACAUUCACGUCCCCCCCCAAAAAAAACAGUCAUUCGUGCAAUAAUUUUGAAAAACAAAACAAGUCCAUGGUGAGCUCCUCUUGUCCAUCAUCAACUUGUGUGUCCAAAUAUAUCUGCCGAUAUAGCAAGCGAGACAAGUUUUUGGCAACUUGUGUUUUUCUGACAGUUGUCUUCGCUGGAAGAUGUUUGCCCUCCUUGUAAAUCAUAUUUAAUAGCUUUUGUUGAAUGAAAGUGUUCCGAGUUUUUUGCUCCAUAUGGGGCUGUUUUUAAAAGCAUGCAUCUUGAACAAGAUUUGCUAUUGUUGAUAUGACCCCGAUACAAUGUGAGAAUAAAAGAAGACUAUAACAUUUA